GAAACAAACUUUUGUGCUAUAUAUUCGUCGCCGUUUUGUCUGAGAUACUACUCCUCCUCCAUCUCUUGUCAUCUUAUCCGUAUAAGCUGUAGCUUAGCUCUGUUUCUAGAAUUAGCUCCAGCAAUGGCGGAUCCAAGCUUCUUCGUCGGAAUCGUAGGGAACGUAAUCUCAAUACUGGUCUUCGCGUCUCCAAUUGCGACUUUCCGGAGGAUCGUGAGGAGCAAGAGCACGGAGGAAUUCAGGUGGCUGCCGUACGUGACCACGCUGCUGAGCACCUCGCUGUGGACGUUCUACGGCCUCCACAAGCCCGGCGGUCUCCUCAUCGUCACCGUCAACGGCUCCGGCGCCGCCCUCGAGGCCAUCUACGUCACGCUCUACCUCGCCUACGCCCCCAGGGAGACCAAGGCGAAGAUGGUGAAGGUGGUGCUGGCCGUGAACGUGGGCGCGCUGGCGGCGGUGGUGGCGGUGGCGCUGGUGGCGCUGCACGGCGGCGUGCGGCUGUUCGUGGUCGGCGUGCUGUGCGCGGCGCUCACCAUCGGCAUGUACGCUGCGCCGAUGGCCGCGAUGAGGACGGUGGUGAAGACGAGGAGCGUGGAGUACAUGCCCUUCUCCCUCUCCUUCUUCCUCUUCCUCAACGGCGGCGUCUGGAGCGUCUACUCCUUGCUCGUCAAGGACUACUUCAUCGGAAUUCCGAAUGCAAUCGGGUUCGCGCUGGGGACGGCGCAGCUGGCGCUGUACAUGGCGUACCGGAGGACGAAGAAGCCGGCGGGGAAAGGCGGCGACGACGACGAGGACGACGAGGAGGCGCAGGGGGUGGCGCGGCUGAUGGGGCAUCAGGUGGAGAUGGCGCAGCAGCGGAGGGACCAGCAGCUGCGCAAGGGGCUGAGCCUGAGCCUGCCCAAGCCGGCGGCGCCGCUUCACGGGGGGCUCGACCGCAUCAUCAAGUCCUUCUCCACCACCCCCAUCGAGCUCCACUCCAUCCUCCACCAGCACCACGGCGGCCACCACCACCACCACCGCUUCGACACCGUCCCCGACGACGACGACGAGGCGGUGGCCGCCGGGGGCACCACGCCGGCUACGACAGCCGGUCCAGGAGAUAGACAUUAGAAAAAGUAUUUUUCUCGAUGUGGGGGUUUAUUUUCGUAGUCGGAUAUGACCUUUAGAGCCAAAUGAUCACAUACGAAAAUAUAAAUCGGGGUGAAUUUUGAUGAAGCUGAUGGACCACUUAAGCAGCGCCUGCGAAAAUUCGCUUUAGUGAUCCGUCUGCGAAAAUAGACUUGCCGGAGUUAAUUUUU